AUGGACAGCCAACAACGCCGAAUGUACACGACCCGGGAACUCGAGGCAGCAAAGGUCCUGGCCACCUUCCACCUGGCCGGUGUGGAGUUUGUUGGAGACGUCGCCAUCGUCUAUUGCCCAGUAAAGAGUCAAGUUCAACAGCCAGUCAACGCAGCGAAGCCCGGCCCUCCAGCAGAGAACCCAGCGCUGGGCACAAACCAUCAACCUCAACCCGUCACUCGCCCAAGCCUUCUCUCUUCCACACCCUUUCUAAACACCAACCCAACAUCAGUUUUGUCGGGAACCUCUCACGGCACCUCCGCCAUCUCCCAAGCGCAGAUACCAUACCGAUACAGCUGUUACCAGUGCGACUAUGUCUCUCAGAGAGUCGGAUGCAUCGUGAACCACAUGACGAAGAAGCACAGCAUGGAAAAGGCACUGGUUGACAGAGUCAGAAUUAGGGCUUCGGCGGUACAGAUGCUGUGGUGA